GCCCUCUAAUAAUUGAUUCUCAGAUGUUAUUGUCAAUCAGCCAUUUAUGUAACGGCUAGAUAAAAUUGGAGGAGGUUUAGGCGUUCCGCGUUCCCGGACGAGCGAGCGAAGCGGAGAGAUGGGAGCGAGUGUAUCUCAAACAAAACUGAAAAUGCUUCAGCAAGAUCGGGUUAUGAACCCUGUCCUUGGAAGUCAAGCUGUAGUUGGACCACAGUCAACUCUGCGCAACCAUACCAACAGUCAGAAGAGAUGCGAGAAAGAUGGUAACUUUAACUUAUUGGGGCAGGAUGAUGACCCCAUGACAGGAGAUGAAAAUCGCAACCGGGUGCGUCCAAGGGCUUUGGGCCGUGAUCUGCCCCUUUCUGCCAGCCACUAUGGACCUGGACCUGGACCCCUCUCCCCCUUGUCUCGUCUGCCAUGCUGGAGCCCUUUGGAGCCUCUUCCAGAGAUUGAAAGCGGUGACGAUAUGGGAGGUAGAGUGCCUCCAGAUGGUGCAGAAGAAGGCAAGGUUGAUGAAGAGAUGAGGAGAGUGACAGAUGAUGAAAAGGAGAAGGCAUUGGGAGAGAGUGAGAAAGUGGAGGACCUACUGGAUGAUGACGAAGAAGAAGAAGAGGAUGAUGUGAUAGACUGGGCUGACAGUGAUGAAGAGUUUGAAUUCAGUUACAGGUCCGAAAGCUCUUCCCCACUCAGCACAGAGAGUGUAGACAUCGGGAGCGCAGGGGCCCACAAUUCCAUCUGGGAUCAAAUCUGCAGAGAACGUCCAAUGGCAGACAAUGGGAAUGCAACUGUGGACACCCUGAAAAACCAAAACCACGUGGAUAAAACGGCAGAGCGACGUCGAGAGAGCCUGGAGGGUGCUGAUACAGUUGAAGUCAGCUCUUCGGACUCCGACACCGACCCCUGUUCUGAGCUGCCGGAACUUAUGGAGGCUGUUUGGACGCUACAGGACCGAGAGAGGUUUAAGGCACAGGAGAUGGAGAAGCAUCAAGUCCAACUGACUAUGUAUCGUCGCCUGGCCCUUAUUCGGUGGGUUCGCACCUUACAAAACCGUGUCCAGGAGCAGCAGAACCGGCUCCAGUCCAGUUUCGACAUCAUUCUUACGCAUAGGAAAGAACUUCUGCGCAUGGGCGCUGCCACCACUGCCCGAUAACAGACAAUCUAAGAAAAGUCAUGAGACCAGCUGAUGACUAUUAACAUGUGAAAAGUAAUCUUUGUUCAUCUUGUUCUUUUGAAUCAAAUUACCUUCUGGGUCUCUGAACCAUUUCGCCCUAUAAUGUUCCAUAAUGCUAAACUUUUUAUCACUAUUAUAAAUGGGGUUUAAAGUUCUCCACAACAUCACCUUGCACUGUGCCCAUGUGGUUACUGAUGUCUCUGAACUCCUCCAACCUGAUAUGUUUUUAAAAAUGUCAUAUAAAUGUUUUUGUUUGGUAUAAAAUACAUUAUAUUUCACAAUAAAUGCACAAUG